AUGAUACCCGCCACAUACCUGAAACUCUCACAGGGGGCUUUUCAAGCCCCCUCGCUCAUUUGGGCUUUUACUGAAAGCGAUUUUGCUACUUUUGUUAUCCCAAACACGGUUUUUGGGAUACUCGGGGCUGUUGCAACUUCCCUCUCAAAAGGGGAUCAACCAUCUGGAUUCGAACUACUCCAGCGGUUCUCAAUAGUUGUUGCCUAUAACUGGAGCAACGUGCUCUCGUUUGAUCUCGCGAAUCAAAGAGCUCCUGAAUCUGUUGCUGAAGACUGCAUCAAUAAACCUUGGCGGCCUAUUCCUACCAACAGAAUCACCAGCGACCAGACUCGCCGCGUGAUGCUUGUCUCAAUACCCCUCACCCUCUGGUUCAACUAUUACCUCGGGGUAUGGGAACAAGGGCUAGUCAUCCACAUCACCACCUGGCUUUAUAACGACCUGAGGGGGAUGGACGAGGCUUUCGUCCGCGAGAUACUGAUAUCCGUCGGCUAUGGCAUGUUUAAUAGCGGCUCGCUACAGAUUGCCCUUGGAGACCAAACCGGCAUUAAUUGGAACGGACUUGAAAGAUCAGGCUGGAGAUCGCCUUCGGGGACGGAAAACAGUAGUCUUAUAUCUUGGCGAGGAAAUAUCCAGGUGGUCAAUUGCUUUCUUCGUAUAUUUCUGGACUUGCAUUUGUUCCAUAUUGUGGGACCUUUCAGUAUGGUCCUGCGCUGUACCAGGAAUUCCUGCCGCCGUGAUUAUGUGGCGGGUACUAAAGAUGCGGAAUCAGAAAGACGACCGCCGAAGUUGGCAAUUAUGGUGUCUUUGGCUGCUUAGUCUCUAUUCACUGCCCUUGCUUGGACGGUCAGAUGGCUUUAAGUCGAUUCUAUACUAGGUCAGAAUUGCUGUUAUGAACUUGGGCAAAUUGAAGUCUCAGCGCUGUAACGUUAGUAAAAGCGGCGAAUAAACAAUAUCAUUA